AUGGAUGGGAGGCUAUCCAAGGUGGAGGUGACCAUAAGUAACAUGAAGGAAAAGCUUGAUGAUAUAGACACUCAUGUUGAAGCACUAGACUCUAUAGAAGAAGAUCUUAAGGAAAGUGAGUGCAUUAGUGGACACAGGUGCCUCACACUUAUUUAUUUCAAGCGAUGGAGCCCAGAAGCUCAAACUGAAGGUGUAAAAAGGGACUGGUCAUCUAAGGCACCAUAUGGUGCCUCGAUUCUAUUCCAACAGAAGCAUUAUGGGUUGUUACGGUUGUGUAUAGACUACUUGGCUUUGAACAAGCUAACCAUUAAGAACAAGUAUCCUAUCCCACUUAUUGCAAACUUGUUUGACCAACUUGGGAGUGCAAGGUGGUUCACUAAGUUGGAUCUGAGCCAGAUAUUGGGAAAGCAUGUAGACCACUUGAGACAGAAGUUUGAGGUGUUAUGGGUGCACAAGCUAUAUGUCAAAAUGGAAAAAUGCUCAAUUGCUCAGCAGGAGAUUCCUUUUUAG